AUGUCUCAAAUCCUUAAAAUUGAAAAGAUGAAGAUGGCCUCAAAGAGCAACGUUCUUUGGGAGUCUAAUUGGAGCAACUCGGAACAAAAGGGUGAAAUUCCAAUCAAAAUCCCUAAGGAAAUUCUCAAAUGUAAACAAGUCCAAAGAGAAAUUGUAUUUUCAUGUGGUCAAGCUUUGAAAAAUCUCUCCCUUGUACAACAAGUCAAAUUGCACGGAAAGGAUAUUGAAAGAUGGGAUUUUGACUUUGGUUUUGUCAUUCCAAACAGUGUAAACUCUUGGGAAUCAGUAAUUGAAGCUGCAAAGGAAGGAACAAUUGGACCUGAAAUUUUAUCUGGUAACCUUACUAUUGAUACUGCCUUUUAUGAUGGUGAUAAGCUCAUUGCUUCUAAUAGAGUUAGAGUUUUCUAUGUUUAA